GCACAUCCCACCACCAACAUCCAAACUUCACAUAAGGCUAGGGGAAUAAGUUACUCAGUACCCGAAGACCCUUAUUUUUCCUCCAAUUUCUGUUCAACCAUGGCCUCCCCUAGCAUCCAGAGACCCUCUUCUUCUUCUUCUUCCACUUCUCACUCUCAGUGGAGCUACGAUGUGUUUUUGAGUUUUAGAGGUGAAGAUACUCGCAAAAGCUUUACUGAUCACCUCUACUCGGCUUUGAUUCGUAACAAUAUUAGAACCUUCAGAGAUGAUGAAGAGCUUCCAAGGGGAGAAGAGAUUGCACCAGAGCUCUUAAAAGCUAUUGAAGAAUCAAGGAUUGCCAUUAUUGUUUUCUCAAAAACCUAUGCUCAUUCCAAAUGGUGUCUGGACGAGCUUGUCAAGAUCAUGGAAUGCAAAGAGGAAAGGGGACAAAAAGUUAUCCCAAUUUUCUAUAAUGUGGAUCCGUCUGAAGUUCGGAAGCAAACUGGGAUUUGUGGAGAAGCAUUUGCCGGUCAUGAGGAAAAUGCAGACGAGGAGAGAAAGGAAAAGAUAAGGAAAUGGAGGACUGCCAUGGAGCAAGCAGGCAAUCUAGCCGGACAUGUUGCGGAGAACAGGGUGUGUAAGCCUUGAGAGUCUUCCUGGGGACAUCCAUGAGUCGAAACACCUUUUAACUCUUCAUUGCAGUGGCUGUUC